GCAGCGGGAGGGAGGCGGGAGCAGCGCGGAGCCCUGGUCCCCAUCGCCCCUGGGGGGCUGGCGGCCCACUCAUCGCCGGGGUGCUCGGGUACUGCUCCUCACAGGGUUUCCUGUAGCUCCCGUGGGGUUUUUCUUUUAGCUUCUGGGUCGGCUGCAGCACAUGUUUUACUGAUGUCAUCAUGAAUCGUUCUUUAAUUAUAUCUGCCUUCCGGAACUGCUCUGGCCGGCGUUCGGCUGUGUCCCAGCGGGGCUGUGCGGGCAAGGCACUCUCCGGCGGGGCACAGCCCCUCCGGGCGAGGGACAAUCAACCCCAUGCUCUCUGUGUCCUGGGGCUGGAGGAUGGUGAUCUCUAGCGACUUUACGGGUCUGCACGUUUUAUUGCUUGUUUAUUGCAUGUGUCCCGGGAAAGUCCUCAAAAUGUAAUUGCUGCCUGUAUGCACAGCACCCAGGGCAGGUCAGACGCUGAUGUGAGCAAGGGGAGCGAGGGUAGUUAGGGUGGGCUGCUCCUGACUGGAAGCCAAGUGCCCACCAGAGUCUCUCUAUCACUCUCCUGCUCAGCAAGGGGAGAGAAAAAUAUAACGAAAGGCUCAUAGGCUAAGUUAAGGACAGGGAGAAAUCACUCAUCUGGUACCGUCACAAAAAAGGCAAAGCAGACUCGGCUUGGGGAAAAUAUUGAAUUCAUUACCUAUGAAAUCAGAGUAAGGUAAUGAGAAAUAAGCAGCAAAUCUCAACUCCCCACUCCUCCAUUCUCCCAGGGUGUGACUUCACUUUUGAUUUCCUGGUUUCCUCUACCUGCAGUGGCACAGCAGGAUGUGGAAUGGGGGCUGAGGUCAGUUCAUCAAGUAUUGUCCCUGCUAAUCCUUCCUCCUCAGGGGAGGACACCUCACACUCUUCUGCUCCAGCAUGGUCCCUCCUAUGGGAGACACUCCUCCACAAAUUUCUCCAACAUCAGUCCUUCCCAAGAGUUGCAGUCCUUUGUGAUCUGCUCCAGUGUGGGUCCUUUCCAUGGGGUCACAACUCCUGCUAGCAAACCUGCUCCAGCGUGGGCUCCUCUCUCCAUGAGACAACAGGUCUUGCCAGAAGCCUGCCCCUACAUGGGCUUCCCAUGGGGUCACAUUCUCCUUCGGGCAUUCACCAGCCCUAGUGUGGGACCCUCCACAGGCUGCAGGUGGAGGGCUCUGCUCCAGAAUGGAUCUCCAUGGGCUGCAGGGGCACAGCUGCCCCACCAUGGUCUUCGCCAUGGGCUUCAGGCGAAUCUCUGCUCCAGUGCCUGGAGCACCUCCUGCCCCUCCUUCUGCACUGGCCUUGGUGUCUGCAGAGUUGUCUCUCUCACAUAUUCUUACUCCUCUUUUCCUGGCUGCUGUUGCGACUUUUCCCCCCUUCUUGAACCUGUUACCCCAGAGGCUCUACCACUGGUGUUAAUGGGCUCAACCUUGGCCCGCCUUGGAGCCAGCUGGCAUGGGUUCUGUUCUACCUGGGGAGAGUUUCUGGCAGCUUCUCACAGGAAUCAGCUCUGUAGGCUCCCCCCACUAUCAAAAUCUUGCCGUGCAAACCCAACACAGUAGUUUAUCACAGUACUGUGUGUAGAGUGGACUUACCUGUCUGAAUAAGCGGAAUAAAGAAACAGUUCUUAUUUGUCAAGUUUAGGGUUUAGUCAUGAGAGGCAGCAGCUAACAGUUACAGUUUCAUUUCUCCCAGUAAGCCUUGGUUUCUUCCUAAAGGCUGCCCCUCAGACACAAGGCAGCAGCUGGGUUUAGAGGUGUGAACAUCUAGGGCUUUGCAUUGCAUGGGGAAGGGGGACAAAACCUGGUCCAGUCGCUUUUGUACAGAACUUGAUCAGCAGAUGGCCAUGGUGCAGCUCCUGCCAUGCACUGCCAGUGGCUGCCAUCCUCAGUCUCAGGGUACUGUAGAAGAAGAAGAGGAAAAGGAGAUGUGUAUCUCUCACAUGUCUGUGUUUGCAAGACUGCAGUGUGUCUUGGCCUUGCUGUUUCUGCUCUCUGCUGGCUUUCCUCAGGCCCAGCAGGACACUCUUUGUGAAGUAUCUUGGUCCUGCAGAGGCUGGGGCAUUGAUGGCAGCUGUGCUGCCCAUGGGCUUUGGCUGGACAAUGCCAAGGGGUCUCUCGUACAGCUCAGUAAAGGCAAUUGCAGGGCUUGAUGCCUCUGCAGGGACUUCCUGAGCAUGUGCUAUCCUGACUCUGUGAUAAACUGGAGAAAGGGACCAGCAUGGCAGAAACCCAGCUCUUUUUUGUCAGCUGUGAAGCUGUGCCUGCAGCUUCAAACAAGCCCAAACAAAGAUGGUGAGAGCACAUGGCAGGAGGAGAAUGGCAGCAGGCAAACCUGCACCCUUGGAUGCAUCCUGGGGGUGCUGUUGGUGCAAAGGAGCCUAUGCCAGGAUAAGGUGUGACUGCCUGGCAGGUCUUAAGGGUCUUGCUAUGGGUCCCUGCGGUGAUGGAUGCCUGCUCUGGGGUGGCUUUGGGGUAUUGGAGAACCCCAAAGGCUCUGGAAAGGGAGGUGUAAAUCUCCCCACUCAGAAGAGGAAAAACAAUGCUUGUAGUCAGGUCUCUAGUCUGCAUACAGGACCUGCAUAAGUGCUGCCAUAUGCUGGGGUGUUGCAGCCUCAGAGCUCCUGUCAGCUUCAGAGCUGGAGAAGAAGAGAGACCAUCCAGUCUUUAUAAACAGAAAUGCUGCUUUAAGCACCCACAGCCCCUGCCCACGCUGAUGCUAUUUGGUACAGAGACUAGAGCAGAGCAGCUGUGGGUGAGCAGUGGUGUGCAGUGUGAUGAAGCAUGAAACAGAAAAAGUUGACAAAAUGAGCUGCAGACAUCUGUUGUCUGAACAAGAGUCUGUGUGGGACAGAAGCUCAUCAUAUCAAAGUGCAGAGCCAGAGGAUGUUGAUCUGCCUGAGAUCUGAACAUUUUUCCAAGAAUAAGAAUAGCUGGUGUGGCAUAUAGAGACCAUUUGUUUCUUACAACUCAAAAAUGCACCAAAGGCACAGCAAAGCAGGCUAGGCAGGUGAUGCUUUGUGCAUUGGCUGUGUAAAAGCAGAUUGGAUCUUUUUGUGUGGUAUGGACAUAAAACUUAGGAAUGCAGUUCCUAAAGCUGCCUUUUAGAUGAUCCUGUGUGAGUGUCAAAAGAAAAAAAAAACUAAAACAAUCUAACAAAAGAAAAAAAAAUCUAUUGCACCAUGUUUAAGGAAAUGUUUUUCAUAUAAGCACUCUGGUUCUAUAUAAGGAAAAAACCAACCACCUCCUAGGAGAAACAGUGUUGAAUGAAUGUGCUAAGAUGCAGCAAAAGGGACCAGUGAGGGUGUUUGCAGAGUACAAAACCUUAAAAAUAUGUAUCUGACUGCAAUUGCUGUAGCAGACAAGAAGGAAUCAUUUACAUUGGCAGUUUUUAAAAAAGGUAUUAAAAAGGAAGCUGUGAUAUUGGUAAUAUAUUGGUAGUCACUAUGUCAAAAGAAACUCUCACACUAUCUGCGACAAAAUAAAGCCUUGAAAGCAGUGAAAAGAAGGGAGUCUCUAAUCCUCAGACCACCACCUGAACUAGGAACAUCCUAGGAAAAAGACCCCAAAACACAGAGCUUAUUUUUGUGUUCUGCAUGAUCCAGGAGAUCAUAAAAUGAAAAAUGAACAGGAUAACUCUAGCAGGUCCUGGUGAUGCCUGGUGAGGAAUCACCUGGGUUUCCUCCACUGGCACUCCUGCAUGACCACUGCAAAUUUUGCAGGAGAUCCCAGAGAAGAACAGUUCCAGAGUAGUUUCAGGAAGAUCACACCAAAUUGAAGUACUUAUGACCCUGGACUCGUAGGGGCGAUAAAAAUAUCUGGCGUUCUCCAAAGCAGGAAUAAGUAGAGGAAAGUUUUCCUCUUUGACCCCAGAUGCUGGCAUGACCUACAAAUCCAGUGUCCUGGCAUCUUUGUAAAGGCUUUUCAUAGAGGUGCUCCUGUGGUGCCUGGUUGGAUCCUUCAAGGUAAGUGUUCUCUAGGGACCUGAGGGUAGCAGACCCAGCCCCUGUCCCAGCCCUGCCAUUGGUCCCAUUGCUGUGUUCCUGGAACUGCAGAGGGUAAAGGAAUGGACGCAGUUUCACACUGGAGGGAGGUACCCCUUGUGGUUUCACAAUAGCCAAUAUAGACAGCAAUUUCUCCAUACCAGUGAAACUGUGUAUAUUUGUCUUGGCUCAGUUUUUUCUUUCACUUGGUCAGUUUGCAGACCUGAAGCUGGAAUCCACCCUUUGGCAUUGUGCUAGGAGACAGUGUUAUCAAAAGCAGCAUACAAGCUCUUGACAUUUUUGUGCAGCUACUUGAGGGAAGGGUUGGCAUUUUUUAACAUCUAUAAAUUCUUCCUACACAGGUGCAAUGCCAUUAAAUCAACCACGGUAUGUGGAGUGGUUUGUUGUUUUUCUAUUCUUUUUCCCUCCCAGAACACCCUAUGAAGACCCAGAGCACACACCAAUGGAAGGCCCUUUGCAAACCUUCGUUCAUGUGUGCCAUGAAAAUGGUCAAUGGAUGUCACAAUUACCAGAGAAGCUCUGGGAUAUUCCCCUUUAUAACUUAGCUCUUCCAGGGAGUCACGACACUAUGACCUACUGUUUGGAUAAAAGUUCUGCUGUUAGUGGCAAUGAGUCCAAGCUGGUGAAGUUUUUAAACAAAUGUCUGCCCUGCAUUGUGCACCCCAUUAUCAUGAAGUGGUCUAUAACACAGGUCCUGACUGUGACAGAGCAACUUGAGGCUGGAGUUAGAUACCUGGAUUUCAGGAUCGCCCACAAGGCUAAUGAUCCUUCUACGAAUUUGUACUUCGUGCAUAUGGUUUACACAACUGUUACUGUGCAGGAUAUUCUGUGGGAAAUAUUGAGGUGGUUAGAAACUCAUCCUCAGGAAGUUGUUAUCAUAGCCUGCAGGAAUUUUGAUGGAUUAACCAAAAGACUUCAUAAUCAUCUUGUUGCCUGUAUAAAAGAGGUUUUCCAGUGUAAACUGUGUCCUAGAAAUGUGGUGCCCACACUGCGGACCAUGUGGCACCUCGGCCAUCAGGUUAUAGUCUCGUACGAAGAGGAGGUGGAACUGGAGAAGCACUGUGAGCUGUGGCCUCCCAUCCCAUACUGGUGGGGAAACAAAACGUCCACUCGAGCUCUUAUCCGGUAUUUGGAGCGCAUGAAGCGGAUGGGCCGGCCAGGAAAAUUCUUUGUGGCAGGGAUUAACCUUACUGAAAAUUUGAGGUAUAUUCUUGUACACCCAUUUGGAUCAUUGAAGAAAAUGACACUCCAGAGUCUUCCAUGUUUGAAAAUCUGGAUAAAGCAGCAGUAUCCAGGACCAAAAAAAAAAUGUAUUAACAUCAUUGCUGGAGACUUUAUAGGAAAUAAUGAUUUUGUCAAAGAUGUGAUAGAACUUAACACAAAAAUUAAUCCUUCAUUGCACUGUCAAAGUGAACUGGAACAAAUUAGCAUUUAAUUCUCAUUUUCCUAAUCUAUGAAUAGUUGAAAAGGCUUUGUCUGCAUUUAUUGUGCCCUGCUGUAAACAUCAUGAAUCCCAUAAAGGUCCAAUUAAUUUAAACCAGGAAUGCUUUCAAGGCUUAGUAGGAAAAGGCCUCUCAAUAUCAUCAAGGUUUUGAGGCCUUUGGACAGAAAAGAGGGCAGGUACCUUGCUGAAGUCUCUAAAGAACUAUGGCAUAGGUGUCAUUUUUUUGGAAAUGCUUUGAUUCUAUAGCAGCUGGCAAUACUAAAAGUCACAAGAACUCAAUCUUAUUUUACAUAGGACUAAGAAGGAGGAAAAUAUCAGUAGUUGCAUGAUUUAAUGGCAAGAUUUUAUUUUUCUUAUAAUUGUAAGGAUAUUCUGCACUAAUUGCAACCCACAUUCUUACUCUUUUAUAUCAGUCUGAAAUUGACUUGUUGGUUUUCAUAGUUUCUGUUAAAUAAACAAAAGGAACAGUUUAAAGUUCUUUUGAUACAUGACAGAUGCUGCACUGACAAUCCAAUUUGAAAUGAUCUUAUAUAUACACCCCAAUGUGCUGAGUAUCAGUUGUGAGCUACCUUACGAACAAGGUAGCCCCAAAAUUAUUUGGAAUUUUUAAAAGGCAAUUGAAUUUGCACUUAGUCAUGCCAGUUCUGCAGGGAUAAAGAUAUCAAAAUGAGGGCCUUACACAGUUUGUCUGUGGCAGUUAAACAUUUUACUAGGUGUUGCCUAAGUACGCCUUACACUGCAAAUAAACACAGAGGAAACAAAUUCCUGAUCUUAACUUACACUGCCCUAGAAAUACAGAUUCUUGGCUUCUAUGAUGCUCAUUUGGGGUUUCACACCUGGUCUUUUAUUUAGCUGUUUUACUAGCUCUGUAAUUAUUUUCCCCUCACUAAGUAGUUUUUGCAUCUGUCAAAACUAAGAGGUUUAUGCUAUUUCCCAUCGCAUACUAAUUCUGUUUUUCUAAAUGAACUGUGUAAUUACAGAUCAUCAUGAAGGCAAGAGAAAUGUCAAGCAUCAGGACUAAAAUAAAAGCCAUUAUUGUGUAAAGUUCACUAUGCAACUUCAUCCAUAUACCUCACUUUUGAGAUGCACUUUAUAUACAAAAGCUAAAUUUUGAUGUCUGCUAAUGUUUGCAGAAGUUUUUCUGCCUAUCUUUUGUGCCCUGUUUUUAACCCUUGUUAUUCUAAUAAAACUUGAUCUCUCUCUGUUAA